AUGCACAUAGCCCAGGAGAACACAGCAGCCCUCGUCAAUAUUAAUCUGGAUUUCUCUAUGCUCAGGUUCGAAGCCCCUCCAGAAUUUAUGGGGUUGUGCUCGAGUCUUUCGCCAAAGCGCAAGGCUGAGGCAGAAGACGGCAUGAUACACAGCACGGCUCGAAAACUAUUCGCUCUUUUUGAGUCCGAGAUCCCUGCUGUUCCUGAAUUGCUUGAAGCAUACGGGAAGCGAGCCAGUGAGAUAGCGACGUCAGAGAAUACGAUGAGUUCUCAGGAAAGUGUUCAUGGGGCUUUCGCGGAUUACAUCGGCGCUGAUGGCACAAGCAUUUUAGCUGCAGCUACUUCCGGCGAUGGAGCUGUGACUAUGCACUUGCUUGCUUGCCUGCUAGCCCGCAUGUGGAAGAGGUCACAAGCGAUCUCUAUCUGGCACGAGCUUGUGCAGCAAAGAAAAUCUAUCCUGGGUAAAAAGGUAGGUUCUUCUGCUAUGCUACAUGCGAAUGAGCUAGCUGCGUCCAUGAUUCACAUCGAAAGAAAACAGCUGGACGAAUGGGACGCCAGUGCCAGAGCAUGGCUUCAAUAUGCGGACAGUGUAAAAAAGCUUGAGCAAACGAACCUGAGGCUGGUCAUUGACGGAGCUAAUCUGCCAGUAUCUCGAGAUAAAGAGCUGUACUCCUCUGUGAUGGCAGUCUGGAAGCAUGCGAUGAAAGCGAUGAACGACUUGAUCUUGGGACGUCCUCAACGUAUUAAUGACGGCGAUGUCAUGUUAGGACUUCUUUCCUGGCACCUCUACCCAGACAUGACUGUCUUGGGCGUUGGAACUCGAACCUAUCAUGUGCCUCAGCAGGACAGAUUGAUUGCUCCUGGAGGUAUGAUCACCGUAGGCAUGGGGAGUAGAGAAGAGUGUCCAGAUGAAACCAUUUAUUGGUCUCUUCCGCUUGCCCAUAUGCGAUUCUAUGGGGAUCCGGUCAACGCAGAGCGUCGUCAUGGCAUGAAGGAUUCUCAAGUAUCUUAUGCAGACUUCCGUUAUGUUAUACUUGGGAGUGUACUGUCCUCGUGGAAUAUGGGGAACAAUGAUAUCGAUCUUGCGAUGCAAUGCAUCAUUCUGCUUGAUGAUUCUAUCAGCAAUGAUCCUUUGCAGAUGAGAAACAUACAAGAGUUAGAUUGGUUGGUUUCACUGGCAAAGUGCUGCAAGGCUUUCCAACAAGCAAGCGAGGUGGAUAAAAAACACGGAAUGGCCCUGAUCAUGUUUGGCAUCCGCCGCUGUUCGAAUUUCUUAGCGAAGCAUGGCAAGCACCCGCUUCCUCUGUUCGGCCUCACAGACAUGCGUUCUCUCAUUGACGUCGUCAACUUCCCAACACCCGAUAAGAUACAGCGCCGGAUCGACUUUCUCAGAUGGUGGGCCCAUAACCACCCAGACAGAUCCAGCCUCAAGGGAAGCAUCAUUCGUUACAGUCCUGCGCGGCAACCUAACGACGACAGUACUGUCUUCUUUUGCACUACCGUCUUCAGAACCGGCAACCGACAAGUUGGACACAAGAGACGUCGAACCGAAGAACCUUAUCCCGGCAAUCAAGAGCACCUCAGUUGGCUGAUUGACGACAAGCUCGACUCGCCCCAAAGUUUCAUCGCUGUCGAUUAUUCGGCAUUGACAGAGAUGGAUGGAACGACUAUAGACCCGUCAAAGAUUCGAACGGUCUCUGGGCUUCAAGACCAUAGUAUCGUUAAGCUACCACCAGGUCCCAACAUGAGCUUACAAGACUUUGAGUUUGUCUGUGGGGAUGCAGGGAAAGCUGCUAUUUACCGACCUAUCAAACGCGGUAAACCUGCACUCUCUCGCAAUGCGAUAACACUUUCCGGAUUCAUUCGCCUCUAUAGAGAAGGCUUUGUUGAGGUAGCAAGACUGACUCAGCAGCUGCUAAUUCGGUCAGCAGCAGGCAACGAUUUCUUUCAGAGCUUAAAGGUUCUGAGUCAUGUAGAAGAGAUUUAUGAAGGCCUACCUGGUGCCUGCGUUGAUCUGCGAGUGACAUCGCAACCCGUACCGGGGUCGCAUUGGUCAGCCCCUUUCCAAACAAUAUUUAAUAUUGGGAGGGCUCAAUACGCAUGGGGUUCGUAUUCGUCAGCCCCUCUCAAAAUACCUGAACAUGAAUUGCCAUCUCCAAGUGCGAUCACCCACGCCUUCACUGCUGUGGCGUUCUUCGAGACUGGAGAGAUACAGCUAGAUCCGCACAAGUUGGAAGGAGUACUAGCACUAUCACACAGUAACUCAAUAUUUGUGGCAUCGCAAAUGCUCGAAGAUCCCACAAAACCCAGUUCAAAACACCUUAUCAAGAGGUUGACAGGAAAUAUUGGUAGACCCGGGUUCGCAUUGCUGAUAUCACCGAAUGACCCCCGUAUGCGGGAAUACGAUUUCAACAAGUACGUCGUGGAGUACGAGCCCUUCAGUGGGGAUCUCGUGGACAAUUUCUCGGCCACGUCUCUUCAUCUGUCUCUUACUGGAUAUGAGCUGCCACUUGACGUCGAACCCCGCGGUAAUCGUGACUCUGAAGCAUACUUCGUCGAGACGAACGUCUCUGUGUACGAUGGCGGCGAUUGGGUGGGAGACGUUGACAUCAUGAGGGCGCAAAAAACAUGGCCACACCACGGAGAUUGCGACCACGAUGUGGAGCAGCGGAAACAAAGGAGCCACCUUCCGAAAAGCAUGCAGGCAGUCGACAGCUGGAAAGCUUUUCUGGACGCACCGGUCGGAGGUGGUGUUCUUCGUGCUUUUGGAAAUCCAAUGGCCCGACUUGCAGCAGCAACUUUGGCCAUGCAAAAGGGUUACAAGUUUCACAUUUUGAGCCCGAAUGGCUGCUGGGCAUGUGUCAGGCAUGAUGUCUUUCCACUCGAGCCACGUUACAUCGCCUCUCAGAUAGAGCGCCAGGAUUGUAGCUUUAGCCCAGAAAAUGUCCCUGGGGAGAUUAGUAACAUGGAUACUGAGGAUGAGGACGACCAUCUCACAGAUAAUUGCAGCAGUAAAUCUGGCUCGGAUGAUUCGAACGAAGAGGAGCCAAAAACACAACCUGGGGGCCUUUACAGUGCGGGUGUUGGAGAUGCUCCAGCGGACGACAUUGCCCAAGACUUGUUUCCAGAACUGGAGCCUAUCUGCCAAAUCGAAGAAGAGCCAACCGAUCCCACCGGACUGAACUUUGCUGUAGACGUUAUGUUUAUAUGCUAG